AUGACAGGAGCAACCAAGUCCACACCAAUUGCCUUCAUGGAAAAGAUAACAGGAAUACAACCACUUCAAGAAAGAAGAGAUGUCAAAAUCCUGCUUCAGACAGAGAAGUAUACAUGUCUAACGGAUCACCCCAUGUCAGCCAGAGUUAAAGGGUACACCAAAAAUCGGAUCAAGCGUAGCAGCUUUGUACACGAAGCUAAGAAGCUGGACAAGGCCUAUGCAACGGAUCUGACCAUCCCCACCACUCCGCUUGGUCAAGAAGACAUCAUAGAUCCAUUACAAAAUGACCUGUCAAAUGUUGCAGUAAGAUCCAGUGUUCCUCACCUACAGCCAGGUAAACAAGAGGAUGAGCAUAUCAGAAAGAGCCUCACACUUGCCAUGAUCGAUGACGAAUACCCAAGAGAGGCAUGGACUCAUGUCUACACAGACGGUUCUGCCACUAGAGCAGUCAUAAAUGGAGGUGCCGGCAUCGUCAUUCUGUACACAUCCGGAAAACGAGAAACACAUCAUGCAGCAACCGGAACACACUGUAGCAACUACAGAGCAGAGACUUUAGCCCUCAUGAAGGCAGUGUCAAUGAUUGAAGACUCGACCGAAGAUGUCAACUCGAUAGUCUUCUUUACAGAUGCCAUGUCUGUAUUAGAAGCCCUGACCAACAACAAGGUUCCUCAGCUUGCAAAUGCCUUACAAAGAAUCAGCACCAACCUAAACGUGACCCUCCAGUGGAUCCCAGCACACUGUGGAGUGGCCGGAAAUGAAGAUGCUGACCAACUGGCAAAACAAGGUGCUCAGUUAGAUCAGCCACAUGUGCAAGUAAGCUACAAGGAGAAAGUUACCAUCAUUAAAUCACUUACCCGGCCAAGACAAGAAGCAGAUGCAUAUCAUCUCCUAAGCAGGGCAGAGCAAGUGAUAAUGGUCAGACUCCGAUCAGGGCACAACCGACUCAAUGCACACAUGCAUAAAAAAUACAGACUGGCCCCGUCACCGACCUGUCCGUGUGGCACAGAAGACCAAACAGCUGAACACAUCCUCCAAAGAUGUAAACGUCACGACCAGGAGCGAGCUACAAAGUGGCCCCAGGACACAACCCUCCAUCAGAAACUUUAUGGAGACGUGGAUGACCUGAGACGGACCACAUCAUUUAUUGAAAAAACUGGUGUGAUCGUGUAG